ACCCACAGACAAAAUUUUCACCCACUACUCCAAAAUGUGGAAACAUAAAUCCCGGAAAGAUACUAAGACCCCAGACCAUGACGUCAACCUCCUCCUGUUGGGCGAAACAGGCGCCGGAAAGUCAACUUUGGUAAACUCCAUUUCGAAUUACUUCAAAUAUUCCAGUUUCAAGAAAGCUCGAAAAGGAAAACUCGAUGUUUUAAUUCCGUUGUGCCUAAACAUUAACGGCGAAAGCAAAGUUUUUGGUAAAUCAGACGACAACGAAGUCCACGAAGAGGGCAAAUCGGCCACUCAGAACGUCAAAGUGUACCUAUUCCCUGUCAAACUGCAGAAUAGAGCCUUCAAAUUGAGGUUGAUUGAUACGCCGGGGCUUGGAGAUCCCAGAGGAAUGGAUCAGGACAAUGUCCAUUUGGACAACAUUCUUUCAUACAUAGCCACGCUGAAGAAGCUCCACGGGAUUUGUAUUGUUUUGAAGGCGAAUCAGACGAGGUUUACCAAGUUCGUGGAGUACUGUCUUAAGCAGAUGUUGACACGACUGGAUAAAAGCGCCAGUCAGAAUAUCAUUUUUAUUACUACUUAUAGCAAAACGUCUGACUACACUGCUGAAAGUUGUAAAAAACACUGUCUGUUGCCACUAGUUAGAAGCAUAAUGUCAAGACCUCCACAUGUAGAAAUUCCUUUAAGCGAUAACAUUUUUGCUGUGGAGAACGAAGGAUUCAGUGCCUUGUUGGGUAUCCAGAAGGGCCUAGAUUAUGACAAACACAAAAUAAAUAGUAUGAAGCAUAGCUGGGAAAAGUCGUCAAAGGAAAUUCGACGUUUGUUAAAAUACAUUAUUGGAGGUCCGAAAAACGCAGCUUUGAAACCACAUGACGUUGAAAAUACAAUCAGUAUCAACAAGGUCAGAGUUCUCGUUGAACAACUCACAACUCCUAUUGCUGAAGUAUCAGAACUUAUACAAGACAAUCUCAGAUUAGUUGACAGACACAAGGAAAAACUGACUUUGGAGGACCAAAGUCUUGAAGAAUUGAAACAGCAACUGCACAUACCCUACAUUGACCUUGAAGUGAAAGAACUUAGUCAUCCUGUAACCGUUUGUAUGAAGUGUGCGGACGUUGUAAAGGUCAAUAACGUCACGCAAUUGGAUUAUAAACAGAGAUGUCACAACCGUUGUAGACUGAUUGGAGUUUCCAAAGAAAUGAUCGGCGAUCCGAGAAUCCGUAAUUGUUACGCCAUGGAUAAAGACAUAUGCAAGAAGUGUGGAUGUGACUGGAAAGUUCACUUGCACAUCUACAAAGAAACCAAAAAAGUUGACGGUAAGAAAGAAGACCAAAACGUGAAAAACGCAAUAAAGAGCAAAGAAGAUGCUCAGGCUGAAAUAAAGAAACUGAUGAAAGAAUUAAAUCAACGGGAGGCAGAACUCAAAGAAGAAAGCGAAAGCAUUUCUAAAAUGGUCGCCCAGUUUUCGUACUUCUUGCAGGAACACGCACUGACGCCCUUCAAUGACGCCUACAAAGACUACAUUGGGCAACUUAUCGAAAACGAAAAACGUCUAGGAAAGUUCGCUGAUCAGCAAGUCAUCGCACAACUCGAGAAAUUCCUCAGUCACCACCAACACAUGCAAGAAGCCUUCCAAGAAAGCCAGAAAAAAUUCCAAACGGGAGCUGUAAGCAAAAGUCUGACUCCUGAAGAAAUCCAGAACAGUAUCUCAAAGCUCUAUAAUUUGAAACACAUGGGGUCAACCAUACAAGAACUGAUACACAAAUCGAGCGGUUGUCGCAACAAAGAAACCCGGGAAAAUUUCACUGUCGUCGUGGGGCAAGAAUUCAACUUGGACAACGAAACGGUCGAAAAAGAACAACACCAAAAAGUGGAAUACAGCAGAGAUGACUAUGACCUAAACAGAACCAGCGGCAGCGAUUACGACGAACCUAGAGCCAGAGAGUCGAGAACCUUCAGAAACAAUCAUCACUCACGACGAACAUCUUCGGAGAGACGCAGACAAUUGGGCCAACAUUCUAGGGAUGCAGAUGGUCAUAGUGCUGUAAAACUGCGUAGAAGUGAGUCUGGCGCAAGAGCAUCUUCAUCCAAACGUGGUAAAAAUAAAAAAUCUGAGAAAAAAUCACAUAGAGAACACCAUAAAGUGGAUCAUUCACCUAGACGCCGUCGCCGUGAUAGCGACUAUGAUUCCGAUGACCGAGAUUUAAGACAAUCAUCCAGAAAGGUUGACUUUAAAUCUGAUACCGAAAGUGAUGAUUCACAUGAUAAUCAAUCCGAUGGAUCACUUGGGAGCGAAAACAGUGUCGAAUCAUCUAAGCAAACUCGUCGAUCACGUAGUGUAGAAGAAGACCACCAUAGAAAAUCCGAGAAAAAAUCACAUAGAGAACACCAUAAAGUGGACCCGUCACCUAGGCGCCGUCGCCAGGAUAGCGACUAUGAUUCCAAUGACCGAGAUUUAAGACAAUCAUCCAGAAAGGUUGACUUUAAAUCUGAUACCGAAAGUGAUGAUUCACAUGAUAAUCAAUCCGAUGGAUCACUUGGGAGCGAAAACAGCGUCGAAUCAUCUAAGCAAACAGGAUCUAAAUCUUAUAAAGUCAAUGAUUCAGAUGAUGAUCAUCCUAAGAAGACAAAGCGUGCCAAAAAUAACUCCUCUCGUCAAGCAAGAGAUGUAGAAUACGACGACACAACAACUGGGACAAAAUCAAGGAACAAAACAGACAAAAAGUUGGAAGACUCAUCUAGGCAGCGUCGCCAUAGAAGCGAUAGCUAUGAUUCAGACGAUCAUGACCACAGAAAAUCGUCUCGAAAGGGUCAUACUACUAAAAGUAAAGAUAAAUCGAGUUCUGCAAAGCACCACUCAGAUGAUGACCAUUCGACCAAAAACCCUGUCAAGCAAUCCAAGAACCCAAAAAAGUCUAAAUCUGCUAAUAAAAACCAUGAUUCAGAUGCUGACCGUCCCACCCAGUCUGCCAAAACUGGGCGCAAUGUACACAAAGCAGAUUCCGAUCUUAAAUCUACAAGAUCUUCCAGAAGCAAACAUGCUAAACCCGCAGAUUCUAAAACCCCAAGAAAAUCUAGUCCUGUUGAUAAACCUAACGAACGGGAUACAUAUGAUACUAAACUCUCCAGAAAAGAACGCGGUACCAAAGAAAGAGAGUUCGAAAGUCAGAAGAACCCUAAAUCUGAGGAAAAAUUGUCUGAUUCUAGUAGCAGCGAUGAACUGCGGGAUACUAAGCCUGAAAAGCAAAAAGAAUCGAAAUCUGGUUCAUCGCAGAAUGCGAAAAGAUACGAAGUGUCUUCUACGAGCACUUCAUCUGAUGGUUCUUCUUCAUUUGAGACCCAUACAGUUGUAGCAAAAAAUUCAGAAAGUAGCGAAAGUGAUUCCGAAUCCAAUGAAGGUACCGAAAGUGGAAGUGAUUUUGAAACCGUUUUGAGUUGAUAUCUAGAAUUGAAAACUUAAAAACUCAUUGCUACUGUUGCACAGACUAUAUAAAUAUAGUUUGUUUCAAAUUGUAUUAACUCUAAAGUAAAUAUAUAAACAUUGUUGUCUACGAA